AAUAUCAGAAAUGUGCAUGGUUAUGAUGAGAACACAUAUCCAACACCUAGCCUCGGGCUAGGGAAUAUUCGGGCUAGGCAGGCACCCUGCUAUAUCGCGGAUGUUGGUGUUGUUAAUGAAACUGUGCAGGAUGUUCAAACGUAAUACGUGUAUUUUUACCGAAGUCCUAUGACUGAUAAAAUGUGAAGAUGGAGCAGGCUUUGCUUAAAAGAGACCGGUAUCACCACAUUAAAACGAAAACUGGAAGAAUUCUGCGAGUUGUACGUGAACAUUAUUUGAGGAAUUCUAUUGAUUGCAGUAGUGAUAUUUGCACAUCAGGAUGUAGUAGAGGUAGUUCAAGUUUACCCUCAGAUGUGACGCAUUAUCUGUUCCCGGAUGGUGGUAUCUGCAAAGAUUUCAUUGAGGUUUUGGAACUUGAUGAUUUUAAGGGCAUCACUUUUACUCAAACCUCAGUCAACAAUGUUCUAACUCCAGGAGGCAGAGCUACUGUCAAACGUCUCACACAAAAGGUUAGAGAUUCGAGAAAUGGCUGUAUCUAUUUUGCUAAUGAGUUCUUUGGUGAAACUUUCUGCGAGAGAUCAUCUGGAGACAAUCUUGAAGUAUGGCAAACAAAGCUUGUGUACAAGGCGGCUGUGUGGUACUACUAUCAUUUGAAUUGUCAGAAAGACAUUGUGAUGUUGACCGACAACAAAGACCUAAUUGAUGAACUGGUGAAUGAGACUCCUGGGGUGCAUGUGAUGUCAUUGAGUCAGUAUCUGUCGUUGUUUUGGCCAAAUUUAACGGAAGCAAAAGACAUGUUUGAAUCAUUAGCAGCAUCUUUACUGCUGUCAAAACAAAAAGGUGGGAAUAAGCAAUAUGAUAAUCACUUUCCACCGGAAGUUCUCCAGAUGCAUGUGAAAUCCUCAGAUCAAUAUUUUGAGGGAAUUCUGAAUGUAAAUAAGCAUCAUGCACAAAAAGAAGCAUUUAUUCAUGGGUUUGGUCAGAAAGAGCUAAAAUUAGAUUCUGAUAUCUUGGUUUCUGGGAUUACCGAUCGUAAUCGAGCAAUUCAUGGAGAUCGAGUUGUGGUCCAGCUACUCCCAAAAUCUCGGUGGAAAGGCAGAAUAUCAUCCUUAACACAAGAUAAUGAAAAUGAAGAUGAUUGUGAAGAGAAGGAAUGUCUACCAACUGCAAGGGUUGUUGGAAUUAUUCAAAGAAAUUGGAGGGACUAUGUGGCAACAUUACCGAAGGAAGAGAGACACAACGUUCAGAGUGGAAAAGCAGAAGCAGUGUUAGUAAUUCCAUUUGAUUACAGAAUACCUAAGAUCAGGAUAACAACAUCCCAAGUCAGCAGUCUUCAAGGUCAAAGAAUUAUGGUUAGAAUUGACUCAUGGGAAGCCAAUUCUCAAUAUCCCAACGGCCAUUUGGUUCGCAAGUUGGGACCAGUUGGUGAUUUAGAGACAGAAAUAGCAACUGUUAUGGUUGAGCAUCACUUAUCUGCAGCAGGUUUCUCAGAGUUGCAGCAACUUGAAUUACCAACAAACAGCAAAGAAAAUCCCUGGAAGCCCACAAAGCAGGAGAUAAGCAAAAGAUUGGAUUUACGACACUUACUUAUCUUCAGUAUUGAUCCAAAAGGAUGUGAGGAUGUGGAUGACACCCUCUCAAUUAGAGAGCUUCCAAAUGGUGAACUAGAGCUGGGUGUUCAUAUUGCUGAUGUCUCCCAUUUUGUGCAUCCUCAUUCUCUUACUGAUCUGGAAGCAAGGCAAAGAUCAACAACAGUGUACCUAGCUGAUCGACGAUAUGAUAUGCUACCGGCAAUCCUAAGUGCAGACCUCUGCUCAUUGGUUAGUGGCGUAGACCGCUAUGCAGUCAGUGUAAUCUGGCAUCUCGACAGCCACUCCUACCAAGUCAAUGAUGUAUGGUACGGCAGGACCAUCAUUAAAUCAGCUCAUAAAAUGUUCUAUGAGGCAGCUCAGGCAUUGCAUGAUGGGAAAGAUGUCAGAACAGAUAUUCCAGAACUCAAAAACAUGGAUCCAUCUGCUGUUGAAAAGAGGCUUCAAAAAUUGAAGUGGAGUGUGGACAAGCUUAUGGAUGUUGCCAGACAUUUGAAAGCUAACAGAGUGAAAGAGGGCGCUGUCCAACUAGAAGGCCUCGAGGUCAAGGUGGAGCUAAAUGAAGAACAAGAAAUUGAGAAUUUGAUUCCGAAACAGACCAUGGAAAUACAUGAAACAAUAGCUGAAUGCAUGAUUUUUGCCAAUCAUUGGGUUGCAAAAAGAAUAGUUGAAACCUACCCACAAUGCUCCUUGCUACGCUAUCAUCCUUUACCGAGACAAGAUCACUUCCAACAGCUUGUUGAAAGUGCCAAGGCUAAAGGCUUUGAAGUUGAUACAAGUACCAGUAAGACCUUAGCGGAUUCAUUAGACAAGUGUGUUGAUGCUAAUGAUGUGAAUGUGAAUGGCAUGUUGCGAUCCCUAGCAACCAAGGCUAUGUCCAAUGCUUUAUAUUUCUCAACUGGGAGCUUACCAAGAGAUCAGUUCUUUCACUAUGGAUUGGCCUUAGAUUGUUACACCCACUUCACAUCUCCUAUUCGUCGAUAUGCUGAUGUAAUUGUUCACCGAUUAUUAAUAGCUGCUGGGAAUAAUGACUCCAAUAGUGUUCUAAAUAAUAAAGAUCUCCAGGAAUUAUGUGAGCAUAUAAAUAAUAAGCACAGGGCUUCGCAGCAUGCCCAGAAGGACUCGCAGGAAUUGUUUCAAACAAUUUUUUUCAAAGACAAAAAUGCUGAGGUAGAUGAAUGUUGUACGGUAGAUGCUAUCAUAGAGAGCAUACGAUCAAAUGGUUUCUUAAUAUUUGUUCCAAGGUAUGGUAUGAAAGGGGCGGUGUUUUUAAAAGAUAAAAAUGGUCUUGUUCGUGACGCGACUGGACAAACCAAGCCAGUGUGGGUUGCAGGCUCGCUUUCAAGGUCUGGUUACUCUGUCACAGUAAACACACUCACUGGAUCUACUACCUACAAUUUAUUUGAUCAUGUGACUGUUCGUAUUACUGUGCAGUUAUCUGAUUGCCACUCGCAUUCCAUUAAGUACGAACUGGUGAGCAAUAAACCACAUGAAGAAAUGCAAACAGAGCAAGGAAACACAACUGUUAGUAAAGAUGCACUAGAGGGUGUUGUGAGUGCUGUAAGGGAAAUGCAUAUAGAUGCUGGUGACAGUCACGGUGUUGAUGUCAGUGUUGUUAAAGAUAAUCAAUUCAGCCAAAGCAAUUCGAAAAUGUAUCAAUUGUUGAACUAUUUUAGAACAAUGGCUCUUCAAGAAUGUUCAUAAUUUUGUUAUGUUUGUUAACAUGCAGAAGGCUGUUCAUUAAAUGCAUGUAGUAUCUCAAGAUGGUAUACUGUAUAUUCCUCCGGUGACCUUAUAAUUUCAUCUCAGUGAUUUUUUUAUAAUUCUUAACAUUCCAGAUCGGAGAAGCCUCAACAAAUAUAUUUUUGAUAUACUGUAAAAUGCUUUGAAAUGAUUGAAAAUUCAGGUGUUUUAAUACCAAUAAUUAGUUAAAAAUAUAUGAACUAUUAUGCUCAACUUGCAAUGGUUGAAGUAAACAAAUAUUAUAGAGGGCUCACUUUAUUUGACUUGUUCUAUUGACAGCAUGGUGAUUGGAUAGUUAAUUGUGCAUAAUUGGACGUUUUGAUGCCAAUGGAAAAAUUACUGUAUUAUAAUUUGCCAAAGGAACUUGCUUAGCAUGUGCUCUGAAAAUUAUGUUAAAGUGCUUUGUAUAAAAGUAUCUGAUUUGUUGAAUUUUGCAGAUUCAGUGAAUUCCUCGGUUAUAGCCUAUACUGUAAUUUCAAAGGGGACUUUUGAUACUGUUGUAAGAAGACUGCCCCAAAAUCUUAUUAAAUUAAGUUGUUUACCCACUGUUCACCACAAGGUUUCAUUUUCAGUUGGAACCAUAAAAUAAUUUAGUCAGUGUAAAUUUUCUUGUGCAUCACUUUCAGACUUUUGAGGAAAAGUUUAGCAAUAUUCCACAUUUGCAUGAUUUUAAUGUUGUAUACAUAAAAUAAAUUAAAAUAGGGCCUAUUGUAAGUAUAUUAUGUUUAAGGCCUUUAUUAAAAUCAAAUGAAUAAAAAUAAUAUGUAAUUAAGGAAUGCAUUGUGAAUAAAAUUCAUAUAUUUUCUAUCAAUUUUUUAUAUUCACACUCUUUUUGUAUAUUCUGUAGCAAUUCUUUAAAAAUAGACUAACAUGUAGGUGACAUGCUUAAAAAUGAUAAAAUUAAGGAAUACAUUAUUUUAAACUUGAAUAAAAAAUUAUUUUAGUCACCUACAUAAAAAUCAAAUGAUUAAAUUAUGAUAAUUAAAAUCAAAUGAUAAAAUGAUUAAAAAUGAAUUAAUAGCAUUCAGGGAUACAUUGCUCGUCUAUCAGUUGCUUUAGUAAACUUUAUGUAAAUACUAUUGUCAAAUUUGUAAAUAAAUAUGAAAUUGUUUUUGUA